GAGUACAGUUUAAGUAAUUCUCUGAAUAUGAGACUGUAGUUUUUUUCCUUACUAAAGCAUUCCAAAAUCCGAAGAACUUUUUCCCAUAAUCUUUAAAUCAUUGCCAAUCCUGCACGAUAAGAUAUAUCGCCCCGUUCGUAUUGCAACACUCGUAUUUUGUAAGGAAGCAUUUGUCUUUGUCACACCUUCUGCCUGGUUCUGAUCGGACCUCGGACUAGUUGCUCUCGAUACGCCGGUUUAACAGCACACAACGGCAAUCGUCUUGAACAGUGCCCGGGUUAGUUGAGUGAAAGAAAAGGUGGAAAUGGUGCUUGAAUCGCAAGAGCAAGUAACAAUUCCGGAAGAAGCAGCAAUCGACAAAACGGUGACUGACAAUCAUGUGACGCAACCGAACGUGAGUGAAGUAACGAGGGAUGCCGCCGCACGUGAGCUUCCUGCAUUCUUUUACACGGCCAUGGAGCAAGUGGCUCGCGAUGAAGGAUUCACCGCCGGGCAGUACACAAUCGAUACGGAGGAUGGGUCGAGCAAAGGUGACGGGUUUAUCGGAGAACUGUUCCGAGCCUACCUUACGGAGGGUGAUCGACGGGAGGCGUACCUGUGCAAGAUACCCCCGCUAAACGAAGCACGCCGUCAGCAGUUUGAAACGAUGGAGAUCUUCGAGCGAGAGGUACUGAUGUACAACAAGCUCCUUCCGCUCAUGUUCACUUACCAAGAGGCAAAGGGAGUGAGCCGUGGGGAUGGAUUUUUCAGCAUCCCGAAGUGUUACCACGCGCACUACGAUGGCCAGUCGGCGGAAGCGAUCAUUGUGAUGGAAGAUUUGCGCCUGAACCACUACAGUAUGUUUAACAAGGACAAGCCGGUAGACUACGAGCACGCCCGGCUAACGAUGGAGCAGCUGGGCCGAUACCAUGCGAUAUCGUUGGCGAUGAAGCACGACCGGCCCGAGCAGUUUGAACAGUUCAAGAUGCUGGAUUCGAUGAAGGAGAGUAUGGGUCCGGAACAUCCAUUCAUCGUUAUGCUACAGAAAACGACACGCGAUGCGAUGGAAACGCUCGAGCCGCAUGAAGCGAGGGAGCGAAACAAGAUGCAAAAACUGCUCAACGGCAUGCUGGCCGAUGUGGACCGAUACGCCAACUUUGAACUGGCAGAACCGUACGCGGUACUCGGGCAUGGUGACUGCUGGAUCAAUAACAUGAUGUACCGGUAUAAGAACGGAACACCGGAGCACAUUGUUCUGCUGGACUGGCAGGUGGCCCGGUACUGCUCGCCCAUACUCGACCUGGCGUACUUUAUCUUCUGCUGUACGGAUGAGGAAUUUCGACGCCGGCACUACGACGAGAUGAUGAGCAUCUACUACAACUCGCUCGCAACGCUGCUCGAAAAGCUCGGCCACAGCCCGCAGGAAGUGUUCCCGCGGACCGCUUUUCUGCGUCAGCUGCGGCAGUACGGUCGGUUCGGUUUGAUGCUGGCCGUGUUUCUCGUGCCGAUGUUGUGUACGCGCAACGAGGAUCUGCCCGACAUGAACGCGACGGCUGAAAUGUUCCGCGACACGGAUAACGUUGAUAUCGCUAUCUACACGAAGCACACAAAUCAGAGCGCUUACCGUAAGCGCAUGAGGGCGGUGAUACGGGAUACCGUGCGAUAUGGCUACAUUCCGUAUAGGUGUGAGAAAGUAUAUCGCAAGAUGGCAGGGGAACACAAUACGGAAUCCGGUGCGGAACAGCCCGUAGUUUCCGAGCGAGCAACAGCAGCUACACCGACGGAGGCAUCAGUUGAAAAGUCGUCCGAUGCUGUUGAUACUGCCGUGGAAAUAGUUGAGGAAAAGAAGGUUGAUCAGCAGCAGGAAACAGUGCAGCAGGAGUUAAUUGCUGACGUAGUUGAGGAGGAGAAGCCUGAACAGCAGCAGGAAUCAGUGCAAGAUCAUGUACGGGAAGAAAAUAUUGCUGAGGUAGUUGAGGAGAAGCAGCCUGAACAACAACAGGAAACAGUGCAGGAUGCAGUACGGGAAGCAUCGGUGGAAAAAGUGCUGGUGGAUGGUGAAAUGAUGGAGGAAACCAGUGCAGCAGUGCAACAAAUAGUGGAAGAACCGCACCACGAAGACUCGUCGGACGUAUCCGUAAAGGAGGAAGCGGUAGCUGAUGUAUCUGCAGUUACGGAACAGACAGAGGCAGUGGAAAAUAACGUGACGUCCGAGCAAGCAAACAGUGAACUGGAGAAAACUGCUUUAUUAAAUGGUGAAACAGACGCUGCCGAGCAUCCUGUUGCCAGUGAAGAAAGCUCUACCGCUCCAACAGUAGUCGCUGAUGUUGCCACUAGCUCUGGUGAGCUUCCCCAGUAUCUGUACAAUGCCAUGGAACAGGUGGCAAUAGAGCAGGGCUUUACGGCGGGCAAGUUCAAGAUUGAGUUUGACGUCGGGUCCAACAAGGGCGAUGGUUUCGUGGGACAAAUGUUCAAAGCUUUCCUGCAAGAGGGCGAACGACGGGAGGUGUAUCUGUGCAAGAUUCCACCGCUGAACGAGGCACGCCGUCAGCAGUUCCAAUCGAUGACUAUCUUUAGCCGCGAAACGCUUGCUUACAAGAGUCUGCUACCGCUGAUAUUCACCUACCAGGAGGAGAAAGGCAUCAGUCGGGAGGAUGGGUUCUUCAACGUGCCGAAAUGUUACUAUGCCGAGUGUGACGAAACCACCGAACAGUCGGUCAUCAUCAUGGAGGAUCUGCGGCUGAAGGACUAUCGCAUGUGGAAUAAGCUGGUGCCCGUGAACUACGAACACGCGCGGCUAACUAUGCAGCAGUUGGGUCGACUGCAUGCCGUAUCGCUUGCGAUGAAGCGUGACCGGCCGGCCGAUUUCGAGCAGUUUAAGGUGCCGGACCCGCUGGAGGUGAUGAUGCCGGAAGGUAGUCCGUUCGAGGCGAUGAUGAUUAAAAUGCUCACCGAUGCGAAGGAAACGCUUGAACCGCACGAAACCAAGGAGCGGACGAAAAUGCAGAAGCUGAUUGACAAUAUGCGGCAGGAGAUGAAAUCCUGUACGGAUGGUGCGCUGGCGGAACCCUAUGCCGUGCUCGGUCACGGUGACUGUUGGGUGAACAACUUUAUGUUUCACUAUAAGAACGGCGCCCCAGAGCAUGUAAUUCUGCUCGACUGGCAGAUCACGCGGUACGUCUCGCCGGUGACGGACCUGUCGUACUUCAUCUUCUGCUGCACGGACGGAGAGUUCCGGCGGCGGCACUACGACGAGAUGAUGAGCAUCUACUACAACUCGCUGGAAGCACUGCUCGAAAAGCUUGGCCACAACCCGCAGGAAGUGUUCCCGCGGACGGCCCUGAUGCGUCAGCUGCGGCGCUUCGGCCGGUUCGGCAUACUGAUGGCCAUCUUCCUGGUGCCCAUGCUGUGCACGCGUAACGAAGAUCUGCCCGAUAUGGACGAGGCGGCCGAAAAGUAUCGCGAAACGAAUGAGAUGGAUUUGAACGCGAUGACGCUGAAUGCGAAUCAGAGGGCGUACCGGGAGCGCAUGAGCUCGGCGAUACGGGACAUGGUGCAAUAUGGCUACCUGUAAGCUCUCGGGGGCAUCGGCGCAUCUGGCCACCUCCAAUGGAAUUUGCGAUAACAUUGCGAUAUGUGUACGCGUGACGUGUUCAUCGCACAAGGUGUACAGGCAAUGGUGGGAAGGCUCGAAAGUGUGCACGAGCUUAGCAAGAGUCGGUGUACUUUUAGAUUUAGGAAAACCCCCUCGCUGGAAAGCUUUCUGAGAGACACAUGCAGAGGAUGCAAAUACAGUUGUUUGCUGUACGCAAAUAAAAACACACCAGUAGAUCAUUUAUGGAGACAAACGGAGAAUGAAAACUGAAAAAUAAUUGUAAAUUUAUUCCCACCUGCCCGUGUAUAUGACGCUUAAUGUCGAUAAAACGUACCGUGCCGAUAAGCCUCUUCUUAUCGUGUGUGUGGAGUUAUCUUAUCUUAAAUUGUUUUUAAAUAAACUUGACACCUGUACCCACCUGUGUACAUCCCGUA